AUUGUUAUUAUUAUAUUUAUCAUAUAAUACAGUCAGAUUAAACUCUAAUAUCAAUGCAGUUUUAAAUGAAGAGUGAUAUUAAAGUCUCCCGGAAGUGGAAGAAGUCUCGCUCGUGCUGCAGCCUUGUGUUUCCUGUUUACGGGCGGGAAGAGUGAACCUGCGCUUCAGCCUGUCCUGCAUUACAGCUCAUUUUCGUCUCUUUAUUUUUCUGCACGUCUCUGGAUUAUUUUAGAGAUUUUUACUCCUAUUAUUAAUUCUCAUUUAGCGCUUGCUGCGGUCCGCCGCGUGUGUCUGGCUGAAGUGUAAAGCUCUGAUGGAGGAGUCUGUAGACUCCGGCGGUGCGGCAGCAGAGGGCCCCACGGUGCAGGUGACGGAGAUCCGCUACCCUGCAGGAGCGCGUCCCCUGCGACUGCUCGAGUGGAAGGUGAAACCCGGAGCUUUGGUGAACGUUGACUCUGUCAUCGCAGUAUGUGCGCCGAUAACCGCCGAAAGCGAGUCAAGAGCGCCCGAGAGGAAGCUGAAGUCGGACCGUGCUGGAGUUGUGCGAGAACUGUGCUGUCAACUCGGGCAAGUCAUCGCGCCCGGAGGUGUGAUAGCAAAAGUGGAAGAAUGCAGUCAUCCCGUUGUAAUGAAGGGCUUGUGUGCAGAAUGUGGCCAGGACUUAACUCAACUACAGAGCAAGAACGGAAAGCAGCAGGUUCCCUUCUCGACAGCGAACGUCUCUAUGGUGCACAGUGUUCCCGAGCUGAUGGUCAGCUCAGAGCAAGCGGAGCAGCUUGGCCGAGAGGACCAGCAAAGACUUCACAGGAACAGGAAGUUAGUGCUGAUGGUGGAUCUGGACCAAACGCUGAUCCACACUACAGAACAGCACUGCCAGCGCAUGUCCAACAAGGGAAUCUUUCAUUUCCAGCUAGGACGAGGGGAGCCUAUGCUUCAUACACGACUGCGACCUCACUGCAAAGACUUUCUAGAAAAGAUCGCCAAACUCUACGAGCUGCACGUCUUCACCUUUGGCAGCCGUUUAUACGCUCACACCAUUGCAGGUUUUUUAGACCCUGAAAAGAAACUCUUCUCUCAUCGGAUCAUGUCUAGAGAUGAAUGCAUCGACCCCUUUUCUAAAACAGGCAACCUCAGAAAUUUGUUCCCCUGCGGAGAUUCCAUGGUGUGCAUCAUAGACGAUAGAGAGGAUGUGUGGAAGUUCGCCCCUAACCUCAUCACAGUGAAGAAAUAUAUCUACUUCCAGGGCACCGGUGACAUCAACGCCCCACCAGGCUCACGAGAGGCCCAGAUGGCCAGAAAAGGUAGCCAGGCUGGGCGACCUGCAGAGAACUUGGAAUCAUCAGGACAGGAAGAACAGAGAAACGGCCUCAGGAAAUCCAGCAAGGACAGAAAAACUGGGCAUGAGGAGUUGUCCUCUGCCACCACCACUCAGGGAGCUUUAGCCAAUGAGAGGACUCACCCCACAGGGGGGAGUGAGAGCAAAGAUUUAAGUGACAAGAGUAAUGCAAAAAUGGAGGGCGAGGGCAGCUCAGGUGUGAUGUGUACCUCAGGUGAGACUGUCAUCCCAAACGCUGCUCCUGAUGCCACUGCCAAUGAUCUGGAUUUUGACCUUUCAAGCGACAGCGAAAGUGAGGGUAAAAUGGGAUUAUCUGACAGUGAUGGCGAAGGACAGCCAGUGGAUGCUGGGAAACCCAAACAAACAAAAACAGAGGAGUGUAAAAGCAAAGAGGAUAAUGGGGAUGGGGACAAACAGAGGACAGAGGGGGAUGAUGUCCCAGAAACAAAUCCUGAAGGUCUCUGUGAUUUAGGCAACGGCUGUUCCGACAAGAAGGAAGUUGAAACAGAGUCUCAAAACAGCGAGCAGUCAGGUGUCACUAUGGGUGAGGAGUCUUUAGAUCAUAGUAUGGAGGAUGAGGAUUAUGAGGAGGAGGAAGACAUUGACCAGGACGACCACCUCAUUUACUUGGAGGAGGUUUUGGUUCGCAUCCACAGUGAGUAUUACUCACGCUAUGAGGCCUUCCUUAGGAAAGACCGUUCAGAGAGUCCGGACAUUAGAAAAAUUGUUCCAGAACUGAAGGGCCGCACGCUGGAGGGCACUACGAUUGUUUUCAGUGGCCUAUAUCCCACCAACUACCCAAUAGAGCGCACAAGAGAGUGGUAUCAUGCCAAGGCUCUGGGUGCCAAGCUUUGCAAGACCCUAGUGCUCAAUGCCAAAGACCCUAACCGCACCACCCACCUUAUUGCUGCACGUGCAGGUACAGAGAAAGUUCGUCAAGCUCAGGGCUGUAAACAUCUUUAUGUGGUGAAUCCUGAUUGGUUGUGGGGCUGCUUGGAGCGCUGGGAGCGAGUAGAGGAGCAACUCUUUCCUCUCAAAGACGACUAUAGCAAAUCACACAGGAGCAACAGUCCCGCCGCAUUUCUAGAUAUCCAGGGCUCCGUCCCAAGGCCUCUCUUCCAGGCCCCUCCUGUUCAGCACAAGCCCCUUGCACCACCGGAAACGCGGACCUAUGACCCCGUCACCGGCAAAUUGAUCCGCCGGGGUCCCCAGGCCUCCCGUCCACCCUCUUAUCUUCACUCGCAUGGGUCGUCCAUGUCGGCCAAGGGAGAUCUGUCCACACUCAGGUUAGCUCAGGGGUCUCAGCAGACGGACGAGGCUGCAGGAUCAGGUCCUGACGAUGAGCAGCCUGGACCUUCACGCAGAAAACGACAGCCCAGCAUGUCUGAAACCAUGCCACUCUACACACUCUGCAAAGAAGAUCUGGACAGCAUGGACAAAGAGGUGGAUGACAUCCUUGGGGAAGAGAGUGACAAUGAAAGCGAUGGAAAAGGGAAAGAGGAGAGGAUGGAGGCAGAGGAGGAGGACGAGGAAGAAAGGCCCCACACGAGCAAGCAGAAGGCCCCAGCAUCAGAUUACGUCCCACCACUGGCUGCAGUUGUUGAGGAAGCCGCCCAAACGUCAACCAAAGACGACGUCUCUGUAACAGGGAACAUGUACAGGGGCCACAAAAGAAAACUGGAAGAGGCCAGAGAUGAUAAUGACAAUGAUGAUGAUGAUUGUGGCGGCUCCAGUAAAGACUCCAAUGAGGAUGAGGAGGGCAGCAGCUCAGAGGCUGAUGAGAUGGCCGCUGCACUGGAGGCGGAGCUAAAUGAUUUCAUGUGAGCUGAUUGGACGACAAUACUUAUGAACUUUUCUGUUCUCAUAAGGUCAAGACAAAACGUGUGUUCGUGUCGCUGUUAUACAGCGCAAGUAAGUGUGUGUGUGUGUGUGUGUGUG